AUGCUGAGACGGCAUGGCCAAGCUGUUGCCGAUAGUUACCGUGCAAGUGGGAGUCUGGUUGAGCAGCAGGCAGGCGCGGCAGCAGCACCCCGCGGCAGCAGCACCCCGCCACAACAGCCCGCGGAGCCACCUGUUGCGGGGACAGCAUUGGCGAUCAAGGAGGAGCUGCGGCAGGAUGCACCGGCCUCAGACACGCCCACAGGGGUGCUGGACCUGCCGCUGUGCCACCAGCUACGGCGCUCGUCGUCAGAGGAGCAUGAACUGGAGGAAGCGCCAGGCAGCGAGCAUGCGCUGGCGCUGCCAGGAGGGCACGCGUCGCUGCUGCGCUCGAGACAGCACCAUCAGGGGGCUGGUGCUGUGUUUUGA